UUGGAAGAGACCAUUAGGUGUCGCGUUCAAAGUUUGUUAGAAAAGGAGUGGAACGAAGCGAAGCACAGCUAGGCAGAGAAGGUGUUGUAUUGGAGAAACGAUACUGAAAUGCAACAGCGGCAUCGUACUUUAUACCAACCCGAAAGACACUAAUGAUAGCAGACUCCUGACAAGAGCAGAUUGCUUAAUUUGUGAAAUGCGACGGGUAGGAGAAACAACCUGCGUACCUGAUCGCAGGCGCUAAUGGUGCUGAGAACGUCCCAGCCACAGCCUGCCGAAGGAGAUACCGUUACGACCUUCGGCCAUCCUCACCACCUGCUGAAGCAGAUGCAACCCAGUCUUGGCUUCUUCAGCCUGUUGUUGACCCAGGAUGUAUGCCGAGUCACGGAAACCGGGCGCAUAUUCCCGAGCAGAGGCCUCGAGAUCGGGUUUCCACUUGGAGACUCUACGGAGGUUUAUCCGCGAUUGUUCAUGGUUUCUCAAGAGAGAUAGAUUGCGCGUCACUUGAUGCGGGAGGCCACGAGACACAGAGGAUGUGAACAACAGAGCCAACGACUUGUCAACUGUUGACCAAGAGAUGAGCCAGAAAAGAAUUCUUUGGUUCCUCAGGCAACAUACUGCGCAAAUUCCAAGUGCGUAACCAUAGUUCAAGCUCGUUCACUUCCUUCACAGGUAGAUUGUCAUUGUCUAGUCGACGAAUGACCCGCGCUGCAUCUUCGAAUGUCAAUCUCCAUAGUUUUCGUAGAUUCCGGGUUGCUCGAGGCUGGUGAAGCACGGCUGCAGAUGCGGUCCGAAGAAAGAGACGGUAGGUGCUGGUGAAGUGGGGAGGCAGUGGCAUCCGCCCAAUGUGGCGGUGUGACGUAGCAUCAGCCAUCAUCUUGCCUCUCGAUUAGCAUGACCACCUCGUUCAAGAACCGCAAUUUGCUUGCGGUCAUUGGGGACGAGGACUCGAUUACUGGCUUACUUCUCGCUGGCAUUGGACACAUUAAUGAAAACCAGAAGAAGAACUUUCUCGUCGUAGACUCCAGUCUGUGCCAUUUCUCGGUGGUUCAGCUGUUUUGACGAACGGAUUCAGAGACACAAGUUUCCACCAUCGAGGCUGCGUUCCAAGAGUUCACAGAGAGGAAGGAUAUUGCGAUUCUGCUAAUCAACCAGCAUAUAGCGGAGAAGAUCCGACCCACCGUAGACCGUUAUCAGCAGGCAUUCCCUUCGUUGCUUGAGAUCCCUUCAAAGGAUCACCCCUAUGAUCCCUCGAAAGACUCCGUACUUAAGCGCGUCCAAAAGCUAUUCGGGGAAUAGAUUAUUGGGCUAUACUGUCGGACAUUGUACUACUAAUACAUUUGAACUGCAAUAAUCCCUAGUCUCGGGGUGCGGGCGGGCAUUCAGGAAUUCCAUCGUAGGACGGGCUCGUUGUCCCUUACACCUGGUGUUCGUUCGACAAACACCCGGAGUGGAUUGCGUGAUCGCGAAUCUAGUCGAUCGGUCAGGCAAGGCAAAGAAAGAGCGUAGCGCGAUCAGACACGCACUAGGAAGCUCUACGAUGAUGUAUCGAAGUACGAAUUCGUCGUGAUUGUUCUGCAAGAAUAUAGGCAUAUGUCAUCACUUCUGGCUGGGACGAAAGAGCUCACUUUGACGAAAUUCACAUGAACCUCCCCUUCGUUGAAUGUCCUCGUGUCCGUCUUCUGUUGCAGCACCGGCUCAGUCCCCCCUCCGCGAGAUCGUCGUAGCGACGAGAACAUGCCCAUGAAUCCCCCACUCGGCUGAUCGUCGGUUUUCUCGGCCUUGUUCUCAACGGUCCAGAUGUUGGACGAAGGCGUAAGAGGCGACUCAGUUCCGCUGAGGAACUUGAAAGCAUCUUUGCAUCGAUCCCAUACACGAACAGCCCAAUCUUGGCCGGCAGAAAGGAUUUCUUCCGCGUUCAUUUCCGGAACACGGGACAAUUUAUCUUCAGCCCAUAUAGACAACGAUUCGGAGAAAGACGGUUUCUGAGGUUCGGCUUGGAGGUAAAAGUUGAGAAACAUGUGCUCGCGUCCCGUCGCGUCGACGCGAAUGGCAGAGUUGACGUGCCGAUUACGGUGUCGUGGCCGCACGCCAGCGAUGGGAGGGUCAACAUGGAAACGUGGAACUCCGUCAAGGUGUUUCGCGAGCUAGAGGACAAGAGUUGAGAUCCUGUUCGUGACACCAAGUAGAAAACUGACCCUCGGAGAGCUCUUGAUUCUUUCGCAGGCAUCGUCGUAUAAAACAGACGGGGAGUUUUUGGAAAAGAGCUCCGAAGUCAAGCAGUAAAUGAGCACGGCGGACAACCCUGCACCGACGACAAUCACGGUAAGGUUGGUCGUGCGAGCAGUCGUUCUUUUGACUACAGAGACUAGAUGACACGCAAGCAUAGCAGUAGGGCGACUGACGCACCUUUGCCCGCUGUGCUCAACUCUGACCACUUCGGAGGAGGUUUUUCAGCCGAUCGAGCAGGUUGACCGAGGCCCAGACCGAGUUGAAACGGUCCCUUGUCUUGACUAGACGAGUUUUGGUCCAAAGAUUGCGAAAGGAUGGACGGCCGUGCGGCAGAACUAGUCUUGUGUGUCGAAUAAUUUCUCCAUCCUGUCAACAACUGCCUGCGACACGAUAGUCUGCCGCAGAAAUUGACGACGCGAAAAGACAUGGAGAUUCACUCGAGCCCAGAGGAACAAUGGAAGGCUGGCAAAUUUCUGAUACAAUGCGGGGUUCUGACCCUUGAGUCUUCGCGUUCUUCGAUGUUACCAGUCGAAGGGUGUGAGCCUAAACAAACUAAGGCAAACGUUGAUCGUCCAUCAUUAGGCCACAUUCUUUCUCGGAUCGUUGACGUUGCUCAAGCCCAACCGACGUUGCGGGGGAUUUCGAGUCUCGUCUAGACGUUCUUCUGCUGCACAGUGACGAUGCCCUCCUUUUUGUCCAAGGUUUUUGGGGGCGGAGGUCGUAAGAAGGAUUCUCAUGGCGAGACGUCGAGGAAAGAUGGCAAGACUUCUGCCCCAGUCCGACCCCCUUCCCAAGCGUCGUUGCUGGAAGGAAAAUUCGAAGCCGUGCCUCCCGUGAUCACACCCAUUACAACUUCGUUCGACUUGCCAUCUGCUCGCAAGAGUUCCAACGGUCGCAACCUCGACUACCAUCUCUCUCUCAACCUUCCCGGGCCCAAAGAAUCACCUACCCGUGCUUUGGGUGUAGUAUUCGAAACCGACCCUGAAUCUCAGAUACAGUUGGCCGACUCUGCGGUCGGCGAAGGUCGUUUGACUCCAUCGGAAGCGUUGUUACUCAUACAAGCAUGCUCACAAGCUAUCACUUCGCGUGGUCUCGAGACGCUAGGAAUCAUGAUCCCGCAUUGGUAUUCUGCUUCCCCGGAAGUUCAGCAGAGGCUGAUCACGCUCUUCAUCCAAUCCGUGAGGACGGCAUCACCGAUCACCGCACUCUCUCCGUCUCCGCCCUCCCCGGUGACGGCGUUCGAAUCUGAGGUCGAUUCGACACGUCCGCACGAUGUUGCAGCAGUCCUCCGAUGGGGUCUGCGCCAUCUCAGUUUGGACAACUCAACGUUUGGCAAGGACGAGGGGUGGUACACUCAGUUCCUCAACAACGAGCGAGCAGCGAACUAUCCGCCGAAAGCAUUCUCGGACAAGCUCGUGCCUCUCUUGCCGCCUGCACAUCUCCAUGUGCUCGUCGCAUCGCUCGAGUUGUUCUCGAGUCUCGCGGCCCACUCGGAAGCCAACAGUAUCUCCGGAAGCAAGUUGAGCAAGAUGUUCGGCCUUUGGAUGCUCUCUGCUACCCGAGCAUUGGACGGAGACGACUAUCCGGCUUUCUAUGCGCGCUGGGAGAAAUGGGGUCGGAUAAUGGAGCACCUCUUUUUGGCAAGGAUAAGGGACGACGCCAUUGACCGCCGUCAACCCACACGACUCGCGGAGCUGGUGAAACAUUACCCCUUCACCAAAUCUGGAUCCCCGACUGUUGAUUCGGCGUUCCUUCCUGUUCCGAGAUUUUCGACUCGUCAUUUCGACGCUUUGUACCUCGUCGUUGAAACCGAAGCGCCCACGGGAACCUCCAGCCAGGCGAAAAAUCAUCCUCUUCGGCUGAUUGCGGAUGCACUCAAGGCGUCUACGACGGCCAUCACCUCUGAGCAGACUUCUUCCAAGGUGGUUCUGUGGGAGACAUUCAAGAGGCACAUCUCGGUCGCAGAUACGGACUCGGACUCGUAUCCCGGGUUGAGCAGCCUGUUCUCAGAUGAAACUAUCCGUUUCCUUUCGCUGAUUCCUAUGUUGUCGGAGUCAUCAUCGAAGUCCUCCACGCCGUUUACUAUCAGUCUGCCUCAAGUGGGGCGCCGCCGGAGCAUGUCACUAGGUGCUCGGGACCAAGCCAAGGCCGCGCUGGCCAAUUUGCAUGCGAGAACGUCAUCGGUCGCAUCCACUGCUCAAGAUUCCCCGGUUCCAAGUCCUGCCGCCGACGGCGUCGGGUUUGACUGGGCGUCCUUUUCCAAUUCUGGAUUCUUUUCCGACGACAGCCAGUUCCCGGGAUCCAAAUUGGCUGCAUCUCUGUUGGAUAACCGUGACGUCGAGGUCACGGCUCCUCCGAGGCGGUCCAACUCUAAGCGUAAGAUUCCACCUCCGCUUAUUCCACUGCCGUCCUCGCGAGGGAAGAGUCUCGAUCUUCCUUCGCCGGACGGGACACCACCGCAAACCGCUGUGAACCCAUCGGCUACAGCUGACAAAGUGGCCGCACCGACAAAAGGGAAAUCCAGAGUGUCCAAAUUGGAGAUCGUCGAACUUGACGAGGCGUUCGUUGACUUUUGGACCGAUGCUCUGUUGGAUCCCAUCUCCGCAGGCUGGCCCAGUUUCAUCGUCGCCAAGAUCAAGCCCUCGGUUCCGGCUGAGGUGGAUGGCAAGAAGAUUGGGUGGCUAAUCGUCGAGCAGCGCUUUAGCAAACCUGCCUCUCCGCCCAAGGUUACCAUUCCGCCGAUAGAGAAGCAAAUCUCCUCGUCUCCUUCUAUGGCACCUACCCACUCGAGUUCCCGGCCCAACUCACCUCGUCCAUCAAUUGGAUCCGAGUCCAAGGCAUCCAAGAAGAAACGCUUCAGCUUCUUUACGUCAAUUAGCAGCUCCUCCGUCACUUCGGCGACUUCUGGUAAGAAGAGAGCCGCCACUGGACCAGGGUCUCGGGUCAAGGUCGGGGAGAUGGGUGAAGUCCUGCAGGAGGAAGAGGAAACCCCAUCUUCGUCGUCUAAGACAGCGGGUAUCGUCACUGGGGCCGCCGCUGCCGGGGCUGCUGCCGUCGGUGGUGCUGCUGCCGUCGCUGCUGCCGUCGAAUUGUCUUCCAAAUCAGAGGCUUCGCCGCCUGUGGCUGCACUCGAGGAACCCGUCUCUGCUCCAGUGGAUCGUCUAGCGGCCCCAGCGGAGACUGCCGCCCCUACUGAGCCCGAGCCGGCCGCCGUCGUGGCUCAGGCGCCCGCUGAUGUCGCUCAAAUACCAGCGUUGGGAGAAGAGGAAAUCGUUCCUACCGAGGAAUCCGCCUCGGCCGUGGUGGCACAAGAUCCUGAGCCAGUCGGUGCAACUGGUGCUGCAGCAACAGAACAGGUAGACUCGGAGCCUGCACUUGAAUCUGCGCCCACUAUCGAAGCUGAUGAUCAAACUAUCGUUGCGGAGGAACCACAGCCCGUCAUCGCUGAAACGCCGGCGGAUCACGAGCCCAUCGCUCCUGUGGCCGUGGCCGAGGAAGCAUCUCCAGAAGCAGAAGUUGUGGCCGCCGAGCCGGAAGAAUCCGUCGCUGUCCCCCUUCCUGAGGCACCCGCCGACAUCGAAGUCGCUCCCAUCGUCGAGGAAACUGCCGCUCAACCAGAACCAGAGGUUCAAGCACCCGCUGCUGAACCAGAACCCGAAGUUCCAGCGGUGGAGGCUGCGUCCCUCGGGGAUGAGGGUGCGAUUGAGUCGGAGGCUACUGUGGAUACCGUCGAGGAUGCCCCGGAGCCGGUGGCAGCUGUGGAUGUUCCUCUGGCCGAGCCUGCCAUUGACGAGCCAACGGUGGUCGAUGAACUUGCCGCUGAGGAGUCUGCUGUGGUCGAGUCUGAAGUUGUUAAGCCCGAAGUCGUGGAGCCUGAGGUUGUCGAACCCGAAGUCGUCGAACCCGAAGUUGCCGAACACGAAGUUUUCGAGCCUGAAAUCAUCAAGCCCGAAGUCGUCGAGCCUGAGGUCAGCCAGCCGGGUACUGUGCCAUCUGCAGUCGAAGAUCCCGUUGUCGACACGGCACCCGUCGAGUCGCACGUCCCUGAACCCGCAAUCGAGCAGCCGACAAUCGAGGAACCUGCAGUCGCCCUGGCACCCAUCGAGACUGACGUCGUCGAGCCCGCGGUUGAACAACCGAUAGUCGAGGAGCCCGCAGUCGAAGAGGCUGCCCCUGCCGAGCCGGCGCCAGUCGAACCUGUGGCCGAGGAGCCUGUAGAUACUGCGGCUGUUGUUCAGCCCGUAGUCGAAGAAUCGGCAAUCGAAGAGCCCGCAACCGAGGAAGCGGUAUCUUUCGAAGCUGAACCUGCUGUUCACGACAUUGCUGUUGCCGAUGAGCCUGUGAUCGAAGACACGGCUGUGGUUGAGCCCGCGACCGAGCCUGUUGUUGCUGUUUCCGAGCCGGAGGUCGAGCCUAUUGUUGCUGUUUCCGAAUCGGCCGUCGAGGAACCUGCUGCCGUCGACCCUCCAGUUGUCGAGGAAUCUCCAAUUCCCGAAGAAUCGGCCUCCACCGAGGAACCUCAAAUUGUUGAGCCUCUUGCCGUCGAGGAGACUAGUGUUGCCGAGCCUGUCGCUGUCGAAACGCAAGAGCCAGAACCAGAGUCUGCCAUCGUCGAGAGUGAGACCGUCGAGCCAGCUCCUCCAGUGGUCGAAGACUCUGCCCCAGAAGCACCAGCCGUUGCUGAUUCAAAGCCAGAGGAGCCAGUGAUACCCGAUCCAGUUACGGAGGAGCAUGUUGUCGAAGCUGAUACUACGGUUGGAGACGUGCCCCCUUCGGAGCCCUCUGUUGUCGAAGAACCGGCGCCUCAAGGAUCUCCAGAGGUUUCCGUCCCUGAGGCUGAACCCACUGAAGUAAUCAAACCGAUAACAGAGGCUGCUCUCGAAGAGGCUGUUCCAGUGGAGGAGGCAGCUCCAGAGGUGGAGGAGGCGACAAUAGAGCCCGCCGUUGAAGAGCCUGUUGUCGAAGAGCCUCCUGCGGUGGCUGAGCCUGAAGCAACACCUGCCUCUGAAGCUGCGGCACCUGUGGAACCCCAGUCGGUUGUGGAACCCGAGAGCAUCGCAGUUGAACCCACUGAGCAUGAGGUUGAGUUGCCGACCAAGCCUGUGCUCGUAGCAGUCGACAGCCAGUCGUCUAUCGAAGAAGCCCCCGUCUCCACUGAACCUGUCCCCGAUCACACCGAGCCUCUCCGGGAGCCAGAAUCUGCCAACGACGACCUGGUCGCCUUGCCCUCUGUCCCAGUGGUCGAAUCUCGUCCCGAUCUCGUUCGUGGAGAGACUGUCAUCUCCCAUCUAGAGUUGACCCCGGCUCCGAGUGUGGCUCAGGUGACUGAGAAUCACGAGAGUAUGCUCUCAGCUGGCGAGACGCUGGGUCCAGCCGCUUCAUUGGACGUGGCGGAACCGGAAAAACCAGAAAAUGAACAUGUACCUGCGGAUAUCUAAUACCCCCUCACUACUAGUAUCUACUCCAUCUAGGCACUGACGACAUUCACUUCCUCAGCUCACUUAUCAUCUCUGCUUCCGUACAUAUUCAUUUUGGAUCUGGAAUACCCUGCCUGUACUCACCAUGGAUGGCCAAAGACGGAUGGUCUGGUCGAUAUCUACUCGACAUCUGCGUACACACUCAUUAAUACCACUAUUAGCUUGUAAAUGUUCACGCCGUCGUGAAAUCCUCCAAACGAGCUACGACGCUUUGUUUUAGCUGUGAAAAACGGUCAGUACGCGCCUGGUGAUCACUGGCAUAACGUACAGGAGGGCUAGCCCCGGCGCCAGCGAAGUAAUAGAGCACCAGCUGGGUCGCAACCCAGGUAUUCUGGACCGAGCCCAGAUCGCGGAAUAUGAUCGACCGCGGCGCACCGAGGACAGGAGGAGGGACGUAUACAUCCAGACUGUCCUGCUUCGUGAGCGGUGUAUUCGGGAAUAUCGUCUUGAGCGUGCGCAUGGGCGCCGCAACGGCCUGCGCGUCCGCCUCCGUGAACGCCCCGCUCUUGCGCUCCUGCGCCAGGCGGCCGGUCAGGGCGCGCAGGAACGCGUCGCGGAGGUGCGUGUACGACGUCGUGCGGGUGGGGAUGAUGCGCAGCAGGCACGCGCUGUUCGCGACGAUGUGCUCGAUCUUCUCGUCCGGCGUCAUCGAGGCUGUGAUGCGGAGCGAGGGCGCGGAGAGGUCCGCGUACCAUGCGACGGAGUAGACCUUGAUGCCGAGGAAGGAGACGGUGCGCACGCCCAGGCCGACCAGCGAGAGCGUGGGGGUUUGCGCGGAGGGCGCGGAGGAGACGGGCACGUUUUGCAGACCGGAGGCGAGCGGUAGGGAGGGGAAGACACCGGGCGCCCUGAUGCUACGCGGGAAGCCGAUGUUCGUGGCUGGAUCGAGGACGAGGUCAUUGUCACUAUCCAGGAAGGCUGUUCGGCGCGGGAGCAGUGCGUACAGUCCCAGUCCGGUCAAGGCGGCUAUUCGGCGCGAGUUGGCGCGCGCCCAUGCGUAGGAAGCCAUUCGAGGGAAAUUGAAAUUAGAGACAGACGGAGAGGAACGGUCGAGGCCUUUGGUUCUGUUUUCCGACUCCGAAUAGAUUUCUUUUUUGGGCUUCGAUGAGUUCCGAGUCGGCAACUCAGCCAUGGACGAUUGAGAAGAAGCCACUAAAUAAAGUCCCCGCUCCGUUUGCCGGCAGUCUCCUCCUCCCAACGACAUAUCGUGGUGUUGGAGGUAACAAGAAGAUCUCUGUGUGGAAGGGCGACGACUUGAACCACAUUCUCUUCGAACACUACGCAGAAGUGGUGGUGGGCGACCAACCCGGGAUCAACUACAUCGACGUGAAUGCCCUCAGUGCAAAACGGCACGAGUAUCUCGGCCCGAGUCCCUUCGUCUCCGGAUUCCGAUUUCAGGCGCGUCAGAAGGUGAUCGAUGUCGAAUGGUACGACGAGUUCUUGCGAACGAAGUGGAUUUCAGGAGAAACAUAGACGGACGUUGGUGUGCACAUAGAUUCUGAAAUGGUUGGAGGGGUAGAACAAGCUGGUUGCAUUGUCCAUGUUUGGAUUCUACUCGGACCCUCGGACAUCUCUUGCUGCAAACGCCAAUAAUCCGACUCGACGUAUUGCCUAUGGACUCAUUCGACAUUCGAGACUCCGCUUUGGGGUCAAGACCUGCAUGAUUAUGCGCCAGCCCUGUAGCGGGAUUGAAGGGUCAUAUGCUAGCCAAAAAACCCUUACCACCAGUUCUCGAGAAUACAACCUUGAUCAGCCUAGGACUUGCGCACGCGACGCGGGCAGCUGCCAUCCACACCUGCAAUGUUAGGCAUAAUACUAAACAGCGCGUUCCAUGUGUCUCAUGGCGAUGUCUUUGUCCCAGAGCAAUGAAUGGGGGAAAUGCGGCACUCACAGAGCGUGACUGCCAUGACUGCACUCUUGAUAAGAUACAGAAGAAUCAAGCCAUUGCACGAACUUGACAGUCUGGUGCUCUCUGUGGGCGAGAGUCUCACUAGCUCUGAAUGUGCAUUCUCCAAUCCCAUCCGCGGGUCUCACAUUCUCGGGGCGUACAUAUACCAGAUGCCUCCCGCACAGGGACCUCCACCCCAGCUUGCAUUCUACUUUCAUCUGCUCCUCCCCGAGUCGAGCCAUUUCCGAUUUGCCCUAUCUAUUUCUGCUUGCAUUUGCCUUCGCCUUCUUGUCGCCGGUCGCAUUUUAUCUUAUCCUUCAACUGAAAUCAUGAUGCACUCUACUCUGGUUGCUUCCGGUGUUGCUUGCCCCUAUGUUAUUACAGAGUCUGAGAAAGAGAAGGAGGAGGCUAAAGCUAUGGUCCAGAUGCGUCCUGCGAAGCUCAGAGUCAUUCCGCGCACGUUGAAAGUCACAUCGCCGUUGGGUCUGUAUCCGCCGAUCAACGCCGACUGGCUGCUCGAGGGUGAAAGCGUUCUCGAUGAGCAGCAGCAGUCUGUAACGUUCUACAGAGUGGCCCGCACCGUCGACCCCCCUGUCACUGGUCUUGUCACAGUCAUGACUGCGGAGAGGGACGCCUCUUCGUUUGUCGGCGCGGAGGGGGACGCCCUUCCGUCGCCUGACCUGACCUCACCACCGACAUGGGCUAGCCUGGUGGGCUGCAAUGUGUCCUUGACUGUUGAGUCAACUGGCUGUAUUUCAGGCAGUCCCGGUGCUUGUAUCAACAACGCUUCGUCGUCGAUGGAAAGCGAUACUCCGGCGGUUUGUGUGGCAUCUUAUCCUUCAUACGAACUGGAGCUCUCGGAAGUAUCAGACGAGUCACGAGAUAUUCAUGUGACCGCGUCGUGCGAGGAGAACAGCGCGAUGUCAUCAUCCGCUGGGCUGUAUAACAUCACUGCAUCCGUUGCCUGCCAGGAUCUACGGUCACUCUCAAACGGGCCGGAAAUUGUGCGGGUCACAGCGUCUGUUGCUUCGUUCGUGGAUUCUGAGGUACAACAUUUGCGGCCACGUGUGUCCCAAGCUGCUCCUUUCCAUGAUUUUGUCACGGGAUCUGUCACUCCAUUGCCUCAAGUACAGUCUACUCCGGGAGCUUUGUUGUCACUGCCUUGCUUCAAGAAUGUCUAUGGAAUUGGUCUCGGUAGACCGCCCCAGUCUUCCUUGCCUCUUUCAUCUCAACCCAUUGGCUUGUCUGCUGUUUCGAAAACUCACAUCCAGCACUCUUCUACCACAGGACGGGGGAGAUCUACAGAGGUGAAACGACUCAGGCAUUCGCAGGUCUGCCCAGCGCAUCCAGCCGCUCGGGACACGCUCAAGGUGCAUCAGGCACCUGUGAGCAUCCAGAAAAACUCGGCUGCAUCCCCGUCGUCCUCGUCCGCGUCCCUGCUUUCUCUAACGUCGCGACUCACGGAUCCGAUUUCGCCUGUCGAUGGCACUGGCGUGGCCGCCUCCGUGUGGGCCGCCCUGCCCCACUGCAAAGCCAACGAGAAAGCGCGUCGACCCUUUGUGGGCAGCGGAAAACUCAGGCGGAUGACAACAACCUUCUGUCUCGUGCAUUUCCCUGAGAAGUGGUAUCUGAGGCACAGCCACUCGAUCUCCCUUGUUAUGGACAUCAUCGACUUGCACCCACCGGACGACUACAGCCAUAGAUUCUUCAUCUGGCACGAAUGGAUCCAGGCCAACGGACCUUUGAAUGCAGAGAACGUGUUCGAGUACUUCACGACGUCGAUGUUCUACGACAAGCAGAGCAAUAAUCAGGUGCUGCGCAUGCAAACUAUGCACACGGGGACGGCUAUUGCGAAUGAGGCGGAGGAACUCAAGCGGUUCACUGGAAUCGAAUUUGCGGUCGUGGAUUCUCAGCCGCCAUCACUUUUCAUCAUACAUAAACGCGAAAGGCUGUCGCCUGAUCAAGUGCGACCACUCGUCGCGUACUUCGUCAUCAACAACAGGAUAUAUCAAUCGCCCGACGUGUAUACAUUACUUUCGAAUCGACUCCUCACUUCGCUCAGCGCGCUGCAAAGUUCUCUAGACACUCUGCGCGCUCGACGGCCAGACUAUCUCCCGCGCACGGGCUUCAUCUGGCCCAUAGUCGACACAGCGUCUCAGAUCAAGAAGAAAGCCGCGGCAGCGUUAGACGAAGGCGCAGAUGAAACAAUGGGCACGGAGCCGCCCCCUGCGGACGAGAUGCCCGCGGAGGACAAGCCCAAAGUCGCGGCAAACAAGCUGCAGAACAACAUGCUUCUUCUCAAUGCGAUGCGCGCCACAGCGCUGCACUCAAAGACGGCAUUCUCGGCGCACAUCACGGAGGCUAUCGCUGAGCCGCCUGUGGGCUCGGAGGCGGCUGGAGCGCACUCACAGGCUUCGACCGCACCGGUGGCCAAUGCGAAGACACCAGCUGCGGCGUCCACGCCCACACCCGGUGGCCCGCAGGAUCCGCCAACACGUUCAUUGCCCGGUGCGGGCAAGAAAAAGCGGAAGCGGACGUUGGCUGCAGCGUCCCCGACAUCUUGA